AUGGCGCCAGACUCGCUUGCAGUUGUCGUGCUUGUCGUGCCGCCAGAGCGGCUUCGAAGAAGCCAUCCAGCAACGCAUCCUCCGCCAUUGUUGCCACGUCUUCUGCCGGCCUCGGAGUCGGGACCCGUUGGCGACGAGGCUUCCGCGAAGGGUAGACGACAACAAUGGCGAAGGAAGCAGCAGUCGCCCUGGCGACAGGAUUAA